AAUCAUAUGCAGUGUCCUCCCACGCAAUUGACGUGGACCGCGUGGGACGCGCAUUUCUUGGAGAAUUGUCUGCAGCGCAUUCCAUUUGCCGGAAGCGGCACCGGCGCGGGCUCGAUGCACUCCCGCGCAAUUCAUCAUAUGCUAUGACUCUACCAGCUGGGUGACUCCGCUGAACUAACAACAUUUGAACCGGCGAAUUUCGCGCCUCCGUGUCUUCUUCUACUAAUCAUUCGACUGCGACCGAACAGCCAGCAACCCUUCCUUCGCCAUGGUCAACCGCUCAGACGUGAACUACUUUGGUGCGGGGCCUGCGCCCCUCCCCACCGUCGUGCUUGAGAAGGCGUCCCAGGUGCUCCUGAACUACAGGGAAAAAGGCAUUGGCCUCUGCGAGAUCUCCCAUCGGUCGCCCGAAGCGAACGAGAUACUGGCCGAGGCGAAGCAGGCUCUCUCGACGCUGCUCGAAAUUCCCGACGACUACGACAUCCUCUUCCUGCAGAGCGGUGGCAGCGGCGAGUUCAGCGCGACCGUGUACAACCUCGUUGCGAUAUGGGUAGAGAAGAAGCGCGUAAAGAUUGCCGCAGAGGUUGGCGACGACCAGGAAGAGGUGCUCAAGCGGCUGCGAAAAGUCGUUGACGAGGAGCUGAAGCUCGACUACCUUGUGACCGGCUCGUGGUCGCUCAAGGCGUCGCAAGAAGCUGCACGUCUGAUCGGCGCGCAACACGUCAACGUCGCUACAGAUGCGCGCAAGGCCAACGGCGGCAAGUUUGGCGUGAUCCCGCCCGAAGACCAGUGGAGCCUCACGCCUCGCACGUCGGGUGGUGGAGCGGCUCUAGCCUACUUCUGCGACAACGAGACCGUCGAUGGCGUCGAGUUCCCCGCCUUUCCGAAGAGCCUCGAAGGCGAUGAUGCUCCUCUUGUCUGCGCAGACAUGUCCUCCAAUUUCAUCUCGCGGAAGGUCGACGUGCGAAAGUAUGCCGUUAUUUUCGGCGGCGCCCAGAAGAACAUUGGCAACACGGGGAUUGCCAUCGUAAUCAUACGCAAGUCCCUGCUCCCGCCUCACUCCACACCGGCCUCGCCCGAUCUGUUGAGACAGCUAAACCUCUCUGUGGGCCCCAUUGUGCUUGACUAUCCUACUAUUGCCAAGAACAACUCGCUCUAUAACACGCUGCCCAUCUUCGAUGUGUGGGUUGCUGGCCAAGUUAUGAAUGGCCUUGUCAACACAUACGGCACGAAGCGAAUCGGUGGUCAACAAGAGAUAUCAGAUGAGAAGGCCAGUCUGAUCUAUGAUACUCUUGACAAAUACUCGGAUAUCUACCGGGUAGUCCCGGACAAGACGGUCCGCAGCAGGAUGAACAUCUGCUUCAGGGUCCACGGUGGAGACGCUGACAAGGAGAAGGCAUUCCUUGCGGGUGCUGAGAAGCAGGGUCUGCUAGGCCUCAAGGGCCACCGCAGCGUGGGUGGCAUUCGCGCAAGCAAUUACAAUGCUGUGUCGCUGGAGGGGGUGAGGAAGCUAGUGGCAUACCUUGAGGAUUUUACGAAAUCAUGAGGGCAGGGCACCUGCACACGAGGCUGUAACGGCAUAUUGCAGCUUUUGUAGUGGACCAGAAUAUGCACCCAGCCACCCAGAAUUACGCUGCUAUGGCACGCACAUCUUGGCCAGCGUCGUUCAACAUGAUGCUUUCCGUUAGCAGAGAGAGGUAGAAAUCUAUUCCGUGCUGAUCUCC